UACGUCUGCGCCAUGAGUUGAGAGGUUAUACAUGUGUCUGAAAAGAGUGAAGAUUUUAUUUUUGGUGAAGGGUAUGUUUGCAGAUAAUGUCCUCAGCUCAUUCCAAAACAAAAGCGGAUUACAGUUUGGCUAACUACGCGAACCAGGAGACUCAGCCGUCACCUCUCGCACUGCUUGCUGCUACCUGCAGUAAGAUUGGUAAUACUGCAAGUAAAGAGACGCAUCUUGUACAGGAGCAGAAGCAGCAACACGGUGCAUCAACGCCAGAAGUUGUGUUGACACUGGACGUGCCGCCGCAAUUACAGCAACAACUAGCUACACAAGGACAACAACAGCAACUGCGCCUACUGAACUCUUUGCAGCAGUUGCAUACAUCUCAGCCGCAACAAACUGACAACAAUACAGCGACAACCGUGGCGGGCCUCCAGCAGCAGAUAGUGAGAGAGACUAUUAGCAGAGAAGCGUUGUCCAUCUCAAGUCCCUCCGUGCAAGUACAACAACAGCAGCAGUCCCAGCAACAGCAGCAACAACAACAGCAACCACAAGUUAUAACACUUUCUCAGCUACAAAACUUUCUUCCCUUGCAACAGGCAGGGCAUCACGUGACCCAUGUUCAGCCAUCGGAUAACAAUGCCCACAGUCAACAACAAACAACGCAACAGGCUUCUCCAUCUGUCAAGGGCUAUGUCACCACUUCCACUGCUGCACCCACUGUUGUCUCAGUGCAGGGUGUCCCCGGACAGUUUUUACAGCAGGGUGCCCAGCUAGUGACAGCUGCAGGGCAGAACCUGGCAUACAAUGUGGUUCAGCCCAUGCAGACAGUUACAGUGGAUGGACAAGAGGCUUUGUUUAUUCCUGCGAUGUCCGCAGGUCAGCAUCAGGCUUUACAAAUUGCUGGUGGGCAGACGUUAAUUACACCUACAGGACAGAUUAUUAGGGCACCUGGAGUUUUUCCCACAAGCAUACUGCAGAACGUAGCGGGCCAGACAGUACAGAUGACAAAUGGCCAAAAUGUGUCAGUCAGGCCAGCAAGCAUGCCACAAGUGGUCCAGUUUCCUAUGCAGCAAACCAUCCCAGUGCAAGUGCCCAUUUCAACUGCAAAUGGACAGACUGUACUGCAGACCAUUCAUUUUCCUGUUCAAGCAAUAGCAACAGCAAUUCCAAAUAUAGUACAGACUUCGGGCAAUCAGAUGCAAAUGUUACAGCAGCUUGGUCAGGUGCCGACACAGCAAGUUGCCCAAAUCAUCACUCCAUCUGGCCAGAUCCAGCAGGUGCAGCUGACUUCAGCAGUGCAGCUGAGUGGCUUAGUACAAGCUCAAGCUCAGGCUCAAGCACAGGCUCAUGCGCAGGCCCAAGCACAGGCCCAAGCCCAAGCCCAAGCACAAGCCCAUGCCCAGGCCCAGGCCCAAGCUCAGGCACAGGCUCAAGCUCAAGCCCAAGCUCAGGCACAGGCUCAAGCUCAAGCCCAGGCGCAGGCUCAAGCUCAGGCACAAGCUCAAGCUCAGGCGCAGGCCCAAGCCCAGGCACAGGCCCAGGCCCAGGCUCAAGCCCAAGCUCAAGCACAAGCACAAGCGCAGGCCCAGGCGCAAGCCCAAGCCCAGGCCCAGGCUCAUGCCCAGGCACAAGCCCAGGCCCAAGCACAGGCGCAGGCACAAGCUCAUGCACAGCAGGUGCAAGCCCACCUACAAGCCCAGGCUCAGCAGAGUGUGAUACCUGCAGGAACCAUCAGCUCGGGCACUUUAACACCCAGUUCCUGGAGUCCAGCUAGUGCUUCAACACCUGGAGUUAGUGUACAGACAGUACCAUCACCAACGCUGGUAAGUGGAGGGGAGCAGUGUAGUGCUGCUGUGCAUUCCGCCCAGCAACAACCACUCUCCCAGCAGCAGCAGCAACAACAGCACCACCAACAGCAGCAGCAACAGUCUCCUCAGCAGCAGCAAUCUCAGCAGCAGUCAGCAGUGUCUCAGCAGCAGCUACAGCAAUCUCAACAGCAGCAGCAGCAACAGCAACAACUUCCGCAGCAAGCAGCUCAGUCACUUUUGCUUGGUCAGGGGCAGCCCAUCACUUUGACUGGUGCACAAGGCCAACAACUGACUGUCAUACCUGCAUCGAGCCUUGCAGGACUGCGAGCAUCUGCGGGAGGUGGUAUUAUACAGGUUCCUAACUUGCAGGCAAUACCAGUGCAAAACAUUCCUGGUCUAGGCAAUGUGCAGCUGAUCCCAGCCAGUGCUCUGUCAGUCAAUGCACAGGGCCAGUUGGGAGUCCCAACAGCUCAACAAGCAACAGGGACGAGCCUAGCUGCCACUCCUGCUCAGGUAGUGGCAGCUCAGAGUGGUGGCCAGCACAGUUCGCAACAGACUGACACUGUGGAGGGGGUUGGCCUGGGCACAAAGUGGCAUGUUAUCCCUCACCAGCACGUCGGACAGGCGCAGGUUGUUGUCACAGCACCUCAUCCUGUUACAGUCACAUCAGCUCCAGCUGAGGAUACACCAGAACCACAGCAAAAGAUACGACUGCGGAGAAUAGCCUGCACUUGCCCAAACUGCUGUGAUGGUGGAGAAAGAAAUGCAGAACGUAAGAAGCAACAUAUCUGCCAUAUACCAGGGUGCAAUAAAGUGUAUGGGAAAACGUCACACCUUAGAGCACAUUUAAGGUGGCAUACUGGAGAGCGACCUUUCAUAUGUAACUGGGUAUUCUGUGGGAAGAGAUUUACACGCUCAGAUGAGCUCCAGAGGCACAGACGAACACAUACAGGAGAAAAAAGGUUCCAGUGCCCAGAAUGCAAUAAGAAGUUCAUGAGGAGUGACCAUUUAACCAAACACAUAAAAACUCACACUAAAAGAUCUGGGGAUUAUGACGAUACAGAUAUGAGUGAAAAAGAAGUUUGGGUGUCUGAUGUUGAUCAAAAUGGAAUAUUUUCGCUGAAACAGAUACAGUUUUCUCAGGAAGCUGCAACAUCAACACAAUCAGUCUCAUCUGAUGGCAGUUCAUCAAAUGAUGAAAAGAUGAUGAUCACUCUACAGACAGAAGCUGAUCAUUCUGAUCUUGCAAUUAAUGAGGCUAUGGACUCUUCGAUGUCAAAUUAAAAUGGUUAACUCAAGAGCCUUUCAGGAUUUUUUAUAAGUACAUGAGACUUGAAGUGUAAAUAUGUAUUUUAUUGUGACUGUUAAUGUGAACUGAGAUAUUCCAGUGAUUGUGCAUAUGUAAAGACAGAGCUUAAUGAUUAAAUCACUGCCUUAGAUUUAUUGUGUAACCACUAGGUGGUGAUACCAAGAAGUGCCUCAAAAAUUGUAUAAUGUGGUUUUGUGUGUGUGUGUGUGUGUGUGUGUGUGUGUGUGUGUGUGUGUGUGUGUGUGUGUGUACAUGCAUUCUUGCCUGCGAGCAAGUAUGUUAAGUUGGAGAUUGUUUGUAAAUAAAUGCUGAAAGUAAUUUUACUUUCCUACAUUGUGUACAUUGUUUUGUAUAAUAUUGUUUUAAAAUCAAAACUGAGUUUUGAAAUUGUGUAUGUGUUGCACAGUAUAAUUGUAAAUCAUAGUUAGGUAGAUGAGGUAUUGUCAUAAUAUCUUUAUAUAAGUUGUGGCUGCUGUUUUAACUAUAGUUUCCAGAAAGAGAGAGAAAUUUUCACAGUUAUUUAGUUGUAUAAAAUUGUUUCAAAAUGAAAUUUUAAAUAUUUAUGUGUGUGUAUGAAUGCAUGAAGACAUUCACAAAGCACUGAGUUACAUGCGAGAGAGAAUGGUUUCCCCCCUUAUUGGGGCCAAGGAAUGACAGUUCUCUAAUAAAAGUAAUUUCAGGGUAUUUUUUUAAUUGUGGGAAUUGCCCAACAUCUGCAACAGAUUUUAUAAGUUAUCCAUUGCAAAGUUAGCAGACGUUUAUAAGCAUUAGACUCAGUUUUUUUUAAUGAAAACAAAGUGUGAAUAUCUCAUUGUAAUGAAUUAAUUAAUUGUGAAUGAACUUAAUGACUGAAAAUUUAACCCUUAUUCAGCUGUAAUUCACAGAGUUGAAACUGGGUUGAGGAAUUAUCAUGAGGAAGGCUUAGUUGAGUAAUUUGGUGAAGAUAACUAAAAGAAACAGCAAAAUUCCUUGUUUUUUAUUUACUGCAGUUGAGAUGCUAAGAAAGGAGAGAUCACUGACAUUGCCAUUCAGUACAUCUUUAUUGUGUAUAAAGUAUGUAAUGAGAGUCAGUGUAACAGAUUGAUAUUAUUCAUUUAAGUGCUAAUCCACUUCAUGAUGAUCUCAAGUGUACUCUUAUUUUGGACAUUUGUUAAGUCAUAUUCAUUCAGCCAAAGACAGGAAGUAAUACUGUUAAAUGUGUGAUGGAGCUUUUUGCAGAAAUAUGAACCUUGAUGGAAUUGUUUGCUUGGAAACACGGUACAUGAUAUUUGGGCUGGCAUUGAAGGAGAAAAAUUUGUUAAUGCAACUAAUUUAUUCUUUUUUAUUCAUAUCAUUAACUAAUUGUAUGUGACAUUUUGAUUUUUUCCCCAGUAUUUAUGUAUGAUCUCAUUUCUGUCAGCAGUAGGUGGUAUAACAGUAAUAUUUCAGAGUCCAAAUGUUAGCUUCAAAAGUCAACCUUUUCUUUAACAAAAUUUGAUACUUAAGAGACAAAUUUUAUUAACAAAGCUAGCUAUGUUCUGUUUCAUGAAGUACCACUAUUAAGCAAAUGACAGCACUUUGUAUUCUUAAAUAUAUCUUGAGCAGUCAGUUACUACAAUUUUUCUUAGCUGGUAGUUACUCCAUUAAUUUAUGUAUCAUUAACAUCAACUUUCUGUACAUCAUAUUCUUUUAACUUUUUCUCAUCUUUAAAUACUUCUGAAGAUUAAAUUUACUCAUCGAAUGUAUUGUGUAAAAUGUUACACAUAAAACUGGUUUUUCCUUCCAAACCUUUGUUUGCUAUAGAGUAAUUUGUGCAGCAUGAUUGAUUGACUUUCAGCUUUUAUUAUUUGUAUUACACAAGGUUUUACCUCAUUCCAGAUGUGGUAAACUGUCACAAAACUUGAAUAUACAGGAACAGAAAAAUUCCCCUACCCCUUUUUUUGUUUUGUUUUUUUCUGUUGAUAUAUAACAAGUGUAAAUGUUUCUUAUUGCUUAUGAAGUAUUUGCAAUGCAUCUUUCAUCUACUCAGGUUUGAUUUAGGCCAUCUGUGAACCACUUUGGCAGUUUUUGUAUUAAUCUUCAUCACUCUUGCUUUUGUGUUGUGCCAGUGUUUAUUUACCCUCUUUUCCUUCACUUAAAGAAGCUGAAAAUUCUUUUUGUCAGUCUGUUGUAUCUGGUCAUAGAUGUGUACAUAAAAAUGUGGGAGGUAAGGUGAUGUACCACAUGAUGCACCAGCAAAUGUCAUAUGUCAGUCUGUCUGUAGAAUGCACUUUAUAACAGUCUUACCAGUGAGUUUUGUUACUUUUGCAAUGAUUUGGUGCUCUUCAGCUCUUGAUUUUGCUGUUCCCAAGUCGCUGUCAAUGACUGAGACAUUAGGCCGUGUCUGUCGGACAGUCUAUCCUAGACCAUUUCUCCCUUCCAAUCUGAAUGCUUUCACAAGAGAUUCCUUUUGGCAUGACCUUUUCAAAAUGCUUUGUGUUCUACGCAAGUAUUUUAUGUAUGAAUUGUUAGGUAGUUUGAGCUAUUAUACCAGUCAAGGCACACAAAUUAUAUAAAAUUUCAUUUUAUCUAGUUAUUUUGUGGAUACUUUCAUUGUUUUUGAAACAUUGUCAUUUAUCGUUCCCAUAAUAGACUUGAAAUUGAGGACAUACCUAUCUGAAAAUUUGAUUCUUUAUCAAACAAUAUCAUUAUACAUCACGGAAAACAAAAUCUGAAGGUGAACAGUCCUACUUACUUUGUUACUUUUGUGGUGAUCCUUAUUGUGAGGUAACUUAUGUUUUACAAUUACUUAACAUUGUAUGUGAUAAAUUAUUUUCUUCCCUAUUAAGAUCCUUCAGUUGGUGAACUUUUGCUUUUACUUAUCUAUGCUGUCUCUCCUGGUUUAAAGCCAAUUCAUACAACCUAAAGAAUUUUAAAAUGUUUUCUUAAGAAUUUCUAUUCUUGCCAAAGACUGCUAUGGCUUAUCCCAGAAAGAAUGUGAAAGUUUGGCUAAUGGUUUGUCACCAUGCAUGGAAUGCAGUGGAUAGAAGGUAGUCAAAUCUGUACCACUAGGUUUGUCAAUGUAUUUACACCAAUUUAUGAUGCAAUCUUCAGAAAAAGUUUUUUUAAAAAUUGACAUAAUUCACCAUUUAGUUGAACUGUGAAAACAUUGUGGCUCUUUAAUGUUGUCCUUGUUACAAGCAUUGUUAAAAUUUGUCAUUUUAUACGCAAUACACUUAAUGUGCUGAUGUGCGCAAUAGAUUUGUUACAUGCAACGGCAAAUUAGACUUCUAUUGUUCCUGAAUAAUUUUAUAAUGUUUAUGCAAUGAUUGUUUCAGUGCACUUGUGUAUUGUAUGAAUAGUUUAAUAUAUGUGAGACUAUACCAAGCAGUCACAGUCAAAGAGACUGAGCAGUAUCUUAUUUUAAUUGUGUUGUGUGUUAGAAAAUGCUUUCCCAGACCACUUAUUGUAGAGAAAGUACUUUACUGUAUUUGUCAGUACAAAGAAAAAUUACUUUAUCUAAGUUGUGGAAAAGGCUUAUGAGAAAUUUAAAGUUUAUCUGUCUUAUGAGAAUUUUAUUGGUGUCUUUCUGUACUGAGAUAUAUACUGUUCAUAGUCUAAUUGCUGAAAUAUUCUAUAAUUUCCAGAUUAUAGCAGUUCACAAAACUGUAGG